GCACGGUGACUUGGACGGCGCAAGUUAUACUGUAGCGUAGUUCAAAAGGGACGGCUACUAGCGAGGCGAGGCUAGCAUUGGAAAUACUAAUUACCAAAUUCCGAUAACCCUUUUUAUUACAACUGUAUCUUCAGUUUUUUUUUUCGGUGUGCACACAGCGGUUGAUUAUGCACUGCCACGCCGAGUUGAGACUCUCUUCCCCCGGCCAGCUGAAAGCAGCCAGGCGGCGGUACAAGACUUUCAUGAUUGACGAAAUUCUUUCCAAGGAGACUUGCGAUUACUUUGAAAAACUUUCCCUUUAUUCUGUGUGCCCUUCUCUCAUCGUCCGGCCAAAACCUAUGCACUCAUGUUCUGGCCCCUCCUCCAUGCGGGCGUACCCCCUCCUGUCAGUCAUCACGCGCCAGCCGCCCAGCCUGACGCAGGCCUCCCCCCCGGGGCGGCUGCCCCCCUCCCUGCCCGUGCGGUCCCCCCCGCCGGCGCCGGGCGACCCGGCCGUCAGCAUUAGCAGCGAGUCGGAGGCGGAGCAGGGGGCGGUCAGGCCCAAGAAGCCGCGCCGCAGCAGAACCAUCUUCACCGAGCUGCAGCUGCUGGGCCUGGAGAAGAAGUUCCAGAAGCAGAAGUACCUCUCCACGCCCGACAGACUGGACCUGGCACAGUCCCUGGGCCUCACGCAGCUGCAGGUUAAGACCUGGUACCAGAACAGACGCAUGAAGUGGAAGAAGAUGGUCCUCAAGGGGGGGCAGGAGGCUCCCACCAAACCCAAAGGCCGGCCCAAGAAGAACUCCAUCCCCAGCACGGAGGAGGUGGAGGCGGAGGAGAGACUGGCCCUGCAGGCGGAGGAGGAGAGGUCCCGCUGGGGGGAGCCCCAGGACCUCAGCUCGCCGGCGGGGGAUGUGGAACCCCGGGCCUCGGCCCCGGGCCCCGCCCCCGGCCCCGGACCCCAGCCGCCGCCGGCACCGCAACCCGACGCGCGUCCCACCAGCUAG